GGCCUUUCAAACUCCGAAAGAUUUGGGACUUAAUUAGGUUUAGAAUCUUUCGCCUCUACAAGGUCACAGAUACUCUGUUAAGGUGGUAGCUAGAGGACGGACUGUGAUUCACUACAAUGGAUUCGAAUGCAAACUGGGGUCGUCAGAAUAUUGUUGAGACUCAAUACAUGUUUUGGACGCGUUGCGUGAACUGUGGCCAUGGGCAUAAAUACUCCAGAGAAUGUAUGAACAGAGUCAUGCGCUGUUCCGUUUGCCAGAAGUCUUACGUUGCGUGCAACAUAGGGGAUGAAACUAGUAGCUCAACAAAAAAGAGGGGAAGAAGUGUUGAGGAAUUCAAAAAUGUUGUUUCUGAGGUUGAUGGCUUUGAUGCUGCUGGGACCAAAAGAGACAAGAGGCCGGUAAAGCACAAGGCAGAGGAUCAUUACACUCAGCUCCAUAAACGGAUGGAUGAAUUGGAAAAGGAGCGUAUAGAUGUGUACACGCUUAAGCAACACGAGGGAUGCAUUAUGCAUGAUAUUAAAAAGGAAAUGGAGAACCCAACGCAUGUGGUUAAGCCUGAGUCCAGUGACAUCAUGAAGGUCCAAGAGUUGGCAGUUGUAUGGAUAGAGAAGAUAAGAAGUACAAGUCUCAUGACGAUAUCUAGCGAGGUGAUGGACUUUCUGCAUUUCAUUGGUGCGUAUAGGUUGCAGAUCAGUUCAUCAAUCAUCAGUCAAGAAGAGACUGCUCGGCUUGCCUCCUAUAUUGCUCAUUUCAAACAUGCUCCAACAAUAAUUCAAUCGCUUGGUCUCAACCAUUUUGUCCCAGAGUAUGUUGAGAAGCUGAUCAGUAUACGCAUUUAUAUUGCCGCAGUCCGGCUUAUAUGUUUCUUUAAGCUCAAAGGCUUCUCUCCUUUACAUCUCUUGGGGAAAGAGAUCACCAAUUUAAGAAGCCAAUCCAAGGCUGAAGUCAAAGAUGGUUGGAGACUGAGACAGACACUUGAACUUAUGGCAGAGUAUAAGCUCGAAGUCGAUAUUCCAGGAGACCUUCUUGUCAAAUUCAUGGGUCUUUAGACUCCUACAUCUUA